AUGUCGGGUAACAGCUUGCCAAGGACCAUAUUACAUGCCGUUUACGGAAAUACAACUUCACGGUUUGUUCCUCAGUUGCAACGAAUAACACUGAAGUGCUGUAAAUCCCGAAAGGAUAGUCAAGGUGUCAGAGAGUACAUUGAAAGUCAUUUGGUGGAUUUCGCUCGUGAAAAUCCGGCAACUGUCGUUUAUGUGAAACCGCGAAGAAAUAGACCUCCUCUUCUGGUUGCUGAAUAUUUGUGUGGUAAUUGGCAGUAUGUACAUGCAAAGGAUAUGACCUGUGAAGAGAUAUCUAAUUGGAUAAACUUUCUACGUACUCGUUCUGGAGUACACAUUCUCCCAAUAUAUAAAUAUUGGUCAACUAAAUAUCCCUCAAUUCAAGGCAUGUGGCAUCCAUUCUACGAACCUUUAAAUAGUCGAAUCCCUGUGCAAACACCCGAGGAAAUCGUCAGUAAAAUUCGUCAACUUUGUCGAUCUGGACAUGAGAAUGAAAUGUCAGCUGAAGAAGCAUUGUUAGAAAAAGCGAAACGCCAACAAUAUCGUAUGUCUGAUUCAAGCGGUCAGUAA